AUGGUGAAUCCAAAUGCUUCUGUUGAUCCUGCUGCUGAGGGUUCUAGAGUUACUCCAAGUUCUUUGGAUUACAAUCAUCCUCUCUUCCUAAGUCCUUCUGAUGUGAGUGACAUAAAGAUUAUUUCUUUUCAGUUAACAGGGAUUGAGAACUUCUUAAUUUGGUUUAGAUCCAUGCGCAUUGCUUUACUUGGAAGAAAUAAGUUGGGCAUGGUGGAUGGAACAUGUUCUAAAGACAAGUUCUCAGUUGAAUUAAGUUGUCAUUGGGAAAGAGUGAAUGCAAUUGUACUUUCUUGGAUCAUGAACUCUGUUUCUAAAGAAUUACUAGGAGGAAUUAUGUAUGCAUCUGUGGCAAGUGCUUUCUGGAAUAAACUGUUUGAAAGGUUUAACAAAGUGGAUGAGGCCAGAACAUUCAAUCUUCACAAAGAGAUUGCUACAUUAGCUCAAGGUACUGCCUCUGUAUCUGUGUAUUUCUCAAAACUCAAGGAUCUGUGGGAAGAGUUUGAGGCUCUAGUACCUGCACCUGGGUGUGAAUGUGAUAAAUCUAAGGAGUAUGUGGUACAUCUACAAAAAUUGAAGUUGUUUCAGUUUCUCAUGGGCAGGAAUUCUGGGUAUGAAUCCGCAGCCACUGGGAAGAAUCUUGAUCUAGUCAUGUAUGCAAGAAAUAAUGCAGGUGGGAGUCAAGGCCCCAAGUACAAAAGAAAUGUCAAUUUGCAGUGUGAUUUCUGUAAACUCAAAGGUCACAGCAAAAAGAACAGCUGGAAAUUACUUGGCUAUCCUCAAAAUUAUAAAGCUAAGAAGAAGUUCAGGCAUGAAGGAUCAAACACAGCCUACAAUGUGGCCUUAAGUUCUCAUGACUCCUCAGCAGAUCAACAUGGUUGCUACACUAAGGAUACAAGACAAUCAGUAACUGCAAGUACUCAGAUGGAUCAACUAAGUCAGAUAGGAAAUACAGCUUUUACCAAGGAACAGUAUGAGAAAAUCUUGCAAUUGAUAAACAAAAGUAACUUUGUCAACACAUCUACUGAAUCUGCAAAUGUAACAAGUGCAGGUAUUUCUGCUUGUUUAGCUUCUUUUGGUUCACAGAAAUGGAUUAUAGAUACUAGUGCUACUAAUCAUAUGGUAGGUAAUUCAAGAUUAUUACUUAACAAGACUGUUACAGAGUUACAAAAUCCAAAGAAAGUGUAUCUACCAAAUGGUGAUACUACAAUGGUCACUCAUGUGGGAACUAGCUGUUUAGCAGAAGGAAACACCAUUACAAAUGUCUAUCACAUCCCACAGUUUUCAUGCAGUCUCCUAUCAGUGUCACAAGUAACUAAGGAGUGGAAUUGUUCAGUGAACUUCUUCCCUAAUUUCUGUGUUUUCCAGGAUCUUUAUAUUGGAAAGGUGAAGGGGAUUGGGAAGCUUGAUGGAGGUUUAUACUUACUAGACGAACAACCAAGCACUGAAGUUGCAGGAGUAACCAAAGUCACUACUGAAGUAAUUGUGGAAAAGACACAAGCUGAAGUGGAUCUGUGGCACCAAAUGUACAUCAUCAAUAGGCUACCUAGCUCAGUUGUUCAGCACUUAACCCCUUAUGAGAAAUUGUAUGGUAAAAGGCCAAACUGUGAUCAUCUCAGGGUCAUGGGGUGUCUAUGCUAUGUCAAGGUGUUAAAUGAGCAUGACAAACUCAUGCCUAAAGCAAGAACAAGUGUUAUGAUGGGAUAUUCCAGCACUCAGAAAGGAUACUUAGUGUAUGAUAUGUCAACUAACAUCUUCUCUGUUAAUAGAGAUGUCUCAUUCAGAGAAGAUGUGUUUCCAUUCAAGAUACUACAACUACAAACUCAGCCACCCCAUCACAUUUUUCCUUUGAAAGAUCAAUUUCAACUACUAGGUGGUGAUGAGAUGUGUCCACAGAUAACAACCAUGGCACCUCAAGGGGUUCUUGAUCAGGAAAGUCAACAGGUUCCUGGUCAGAUAAGUCAGCAGGACCAACAAUUACAGGCUACUCUUCUCUCUACACAUUCCAUAACUAAGGUGAUGUUGAAAGAUUUAAAGCCAGACUGGUUGCAAAGGAAGUAUGGACAAAGAGAAGGAAUUGACCACAAAGAAACAUUUUCACCUGCUGUGAAAAUGAAAACAGUAAGAACUAUCCUUGCUACUGCAGCUAGAAAACAUUAG